AUGUCGCAUACAGGGACUUUUAGGGGAACGCCCAAUAAGACUAUCGGGAGACGAGGGCUGCCCGAUUUCGAGUCCCCCGGUGCCGCUUCUCACAUCCCCCGACCCCGUCCCGACCGUCCAGAAUCUUCCCUCACCAACAACUCUACCCACACACCGACCAGCGACGUCGGAACCGGCACCAUGAGCGCCGCCAGCAGCAGACAGAGACAGAACCAGUCGAAGCGUGAUGAGGCUAUUCGCCGCAAGAUGGAGGCCGACCUCAACAAAAAGAGGCAGAACCCGAAACAGGCGAGAGGAUCCCGCAAGGCCCCUCCAGGCACCGUCCUCGCCCUGAAGCCCAGCCAGGCUCUUCAAAUUAAGCCAUCCAUGAGCAUCGCCGAGGCAGCGCAGUUGAUGGCCGCCAAGCGGGAGGAUUGUGUGUUGGUUACCGACGACGAUGACCGUAUCGCCGGCAUCUUCACCGCAAAGGAUCUGGCAUUCCGUGUUGUUGGUUUGGGCUUGAAGGCCCGCGAGGUUUCAGUCAGCGAAAUCAUGACCAAGAACCCUCUUUGCGCCCGCACCGAUACCAGCGCUACCGAUGCGCUCGACCUGAUGGUCCGGAAGGGCUUCAGACACCUUCCUGUUAUGGACGAGAACCAGGAUAUUUCCGGUGUUUUGGAUAUUACCAAGUGCUUCUACGAUGCUAUGGAGAAGCUAGAGCGUGCAUACAGCUCCUCCCGCAAGCUGUACGAUGCUCUGGAGGGUGUCCAGACGGAACUUGGCUCGAGUCAGCCCCAGCAAGUCAUCCAGUAUGUCGAGGCGCUGCGAUCCAAGAUGUCCGGUCCGACCCUUGAGACUGUCCUUGACGGUAUGCCGCCCGUGACCGUGUCCGUUCGUACAUCUGUCAAGGAGGCCGCGGCCAUGAUGAAGGAGCACCACACCACUGCUUUGCUUGUACAGGACCAGGGCUCCAUUACCGGUAUCUUUACCAGCAAGGACAUUGUUCUUCGUGUUAUUGCCCCUGGUCUUGACCCAGCCACUUGUAGCGUUGUCCGCGUUAUGACUCCCCACCCCGACUUCGCCCCGUCCGACAUGAGCAUUCAAGCUGCUCUCCGGAAGAUGCAUGAUGGUCACUACCUUAACCUCCCCGUCAUGAAUGAGGGCGGUGAGAUCGUUGGCAUGGUGGAUGUGUUGAAGCUCACCUAUGCCACCCUGGAGCAGAUCAACACCAUGCAAACACACGAUGAUGAAGGUCCCGCCUGGAACAAGUUCUGGCUCUCCAUGGAUAACGAGUCCGACUCGAUGGUUUCUGGUAGCCAGAACCACCAGCCACAUACACCCCACCGCUCUGUUAUGAGCCCCGAUAUGGCUCGGUCAGGCUACGAUAACAGCGUUCUUCCCAACGACUCCGCAUCGCACAACGGCGGCGAGGAGCACUCCGAAGUUGCCUCGCAGCACCCCCAGCCCCCGGCUGAGGACGCUCCCUUCCCCUUCAAAUUCAAGGCUCCCAGUGGCCGUGUGCACCGUGUGAACGUGUUGACUGCCGCGGGUGUUACCGAUCUAGUCGUGCAGGUGACUGCCAAGCUGGGUGCAGAGCUUGAGGCUGUUGGUGGUGGAGCCAUCGUUGAGGAGGGCCGUCUCAGCAACACGGGCUACGCUCUCAGCUACAUGGAUAACGAGGGCGACACCGUUUCCAUCACCACCGACCAAGACAUGGUCGAUGCUAUUAACCUUGCCCGCCGCACCCAUCGUGAGAAGGUCGAUCUAUUUGUUCACGACCCUACCCAGCCUCCUAUUCCCGUCACCCUUGAGCCGCAGCCUGUCAAGCCCGCAACUCCCAUCAUCGAGGAACGCAGCAGCCCCAUCCCCGAGUCAACUCCCGAAGAGCCCCUUCUGAACAAACCCCGGGCCUUCCCCUCUCACUCGUCUGAGGAGCAGCUCAUCAACGGAGUGCCUAAUGACCUGCUUCUUCCUGGAGCGAUCGUCACCCUCGCUGCCGUUAUUGCUGGUGUGUUCAUUCUUAGCCGGCCCAGCGGUCGUUAA